AUGGUGGAAACAUCUGCACUUGAUUCCGAAGCCACUCAACCUGCUGUCAAGUCUAAGGCCGCGAGAUUCAAUGCCCAUAUGCUGAAAAGACUACAAGCUGCAGUCACGAAAGACCCAGAGGUCAAUUUGGCCGAGAAAUUUCCCGCAGACUAUUCAACGCGUCUCAUGGAAAUGAAAGCACUCAUGGAAAGCUCUCCAGAGAACACCAAACCUAGCCCUCGAGGCCGUACAGAACCCGAUGAAGACAUCCGACAAACCCUUUGCGCAUCAGACCCGGUUGAGACUAUAUUUCCCCUUUCGGAUGCAGUUACAAAAUUAGUCCAGUCGGUGUCACAAACUGCGGCGAACUUGCCAGUCGGACUCUCUCAACGGCUGUCUCAGGUUCUAGAGAAUAGUGAGAUUCUGUGGAAAUCACCCUUCCCUCGCCAAAAAGGGGUGUUCAAAUGCUCCGCAGACAUAGUUGUCAAAGCGGUGCGCAAUUUGGAGCGAUACACCCAAUAUACCACGUUACAAUAUCUUGAGCUUCAUAGGCCAAAUAUCCUAGCACCAAAACCACAUGGUUUAGUGUGUAUGAGUGGGGUUUCUCUGAUUUUCAUGAGUCAUAUACCAUCCAUACCUCUCGGGAAAGUGUGGCAUAUGCUCGAUCAUUAUCAAAAGUCCUUCCUCAGCAACCAACUCAGCAUGAUAAUAACCGAUCUACGAACUCUUCCUUUUACAGAAGGGUCUCCUUUUGGGGGGACGGCAGGUGAGGGCUGUACAGAUAUCAGAAGACAUGUUCGAACAAGCAAGAGGCCUAUCACCACCUUCGAAGACUUUGAAACAUUUUUAUAUUCAAGUCCGCAUGCGGGCGGCGAUGUGUUCGUCAAGUUUCUCCGUCAAUUAUCACCGUCAUCUUCCGAACUUCCGGUCUCUCGCAUUAUUUUCACACACGGAGACAUAAGUCCGGACAAUGUUAUGGUUGAAUUAAUCGACAACAACUACAAAAUUUCUGGGAUCAUUGACUGGGAGUAUAGCGGUUUUUACCCUGAUUAUUAUGAGUCUGUCCGAUGCACAAACUCUAUCACCCCGUAUGAGAAUGAUGACUGGUUUUUGUACCUGCCAGAGUGUGUCUCGCCAAGUAUCUACGCUCAAUGGUGGCUUCUCGAUCGAGUUCGAGAAUCGAGAGUCGUUUAA